CCACCACACCCCCUACCCAAAAUCAUAAAUAUAAAAAAUUAAUUUUGAAACCUUCUUAACUAAUCAUUCCUGUAUUUGAUAAACUUCCACCUUUGUACUUUUAAUGUUUCAAUGCUAAGGGACUGUACUGUAUAUGGGUAAAAUGUUACUGCAUUUGGGGGAAUUGUUUUAGGAUGACAGUGAAUCGAAAGUACAGUAGAAAAAUGUUGCAUAUUCUCAUUGCUGCAGGAGGCAUGCAGUAUUGUAGGGUAAAAUAUCUGCUUGUAUAAUCUAAAUGCAGUUUUUGAAUAAAAAUGUGAAAACUGAUUUUUGGUUUUUUUUAAAUUUUCAAGAUUUAGCAAGUUUAUCAUUUUGCAGGUCUGUGAUGUAGUGGUGGGGCUAAAGUGUCCUUUAGUGAAACACAUUCAAAAAAAGUGGGCCAUCAUUCAACAGGGGCCCCCUGUGUACAGCUGGCAUUGAAUAUUUUAUCGGAGCCUCCGAGUUAAGUACCUUUCUCAAGGGUUCUGGAGCAGGGCACCUACGGGCUGCCCGGUGACCCUGGUGGAGCCCGCACUCUUGCUUUUAGGUGACUGCAGAGGAGAGCCCUGCCUCCCGGCAGCCGAGUUUCGUUCUGCUUUGUCUCCUGUGCUAAAAUAAACUGCAACAGCUGUACCGUGUUGUAUACAUCAGGGUGACAGGAUGCAGCUGGCUGCCGAUUCCUGCCACCGGACCGAAGGCUGCGUUUGCGUGCGCUCGGUGAGAUGCCAUGGCUCUGAAGCGUGCCGUCCAAGGAGCGCGAGCCGAGCAGCAACCUGCGCGCAAGCUUCCGAAAGAUCGGAGUUUUUACUCUGAGGGAAGCUGUCCCGCCUCCGUACCAUGUGAAGACGAGAUGAUCGUGCGAUGAUCCACCGCUGCUCAGUUUAUGCGCAAACAGAAGGCACCCUUUAGGUGGUUUAUCCUAGUAAAGCUCUAGAUGUGUCAGUAAACAGGGUUUGUCUCUAUAGCACUUCAUGCUCUGUCAAGGCAAAGAAUAGAUGGAACACAUGGGGUUUCGCAAAGAUCAGACAGUGUCCAGUGUCAUGAAACUUAAUCCACAGCAAGCUCCGUUGUAUGGUGAAUGUCUCCUGACGGUGCAGCUGUGCGAUGAGGACCGCUUCCGCGACGAGGAGGACGUAGAGUUCUACCUGCUGUUUGCUGGCAGCACUCAGAGGCACCUGACCAGCACCCUCAGGAUCAGCCAUGUCACCCUGCAGGCCAUCUGCCCCGCCCACAACUGCUGCGAAGCAGUCCAGGUCACCCUGUGCUUGGCCAAGCCGGGUGGAUCCGUGGACCCGGUCGCGGAGCAGCAGUUCCAGUUCGUGCAGGACCUGGCCUUCGACAUGGCCCAGUUUCUGGUUAGUUCGGCCGGCCGGGAUGACGGGCUGGAUGGCGCCAUGCUGCUGGAUGAGUGCCAGAUCCCCCUGUUGGAGUGUGAGCGGCUGGACAAGAACCUGGCUCUGGCCCUGAGGCACCUGGCUCUGCCAGAGGGCUGGAGUGUCCUGGGCACCAACCUGGGCAGAAGCACAGAACUGGCUCCUCAGGAGACCCUCCUUCACUUUGCAGCCCGGCGGGGGCUCCGGCGGGUAGCUGUCUUCUUGCUCCAGCAGCCAGGGGGUAGGGAGGCCCUCAGACUGCCCAACAGACAGGGGGCGACCCCACUAAGGCUAGCAGAGAAGAAGGGUUACAAGCAGCUCCAGCAGAUCUUCACUCGGGAGGACACGGCACUGGGGACCAGGACCAAGGCAUCUCAGCGAAUCUACUCUGGGGAUCGUGUACUCCGACAUCACCCCCGAAUAGACACGUACACCCUGACAGUGGACACGCCCCCUGGCUGCCCGCCUCCGGACCUGCAGAGAGAUGUGGAUGAAUUGCGACGCCUGAUUUGCUGGCACAAGGACAGCAAGCAGCAGACUGAACUACUGAAAACUAAGCAAGACCACAAUGACAACAUAGACACAGCAAUAGAAGAGCUCUGUUUGGACCCAUUGGAAGAAGACUCGCUGGAUCCUGCAGGAGAAGAUCCUACUCCAGCCUAUGCUGAGAACACCAAGAAUGACAGUGCUGGGCUGAGCAGGGAGAUCCAGAGCUGUGAGGCUGAACUGAGUGCCAGGCAGUGCCCUGAGGCCACGCAGCGCUCCCUGAACAAUGUCAUAUUUGAGAGCAAGGCCUGCAACGAUGAAGAGGAAGGAGAGGCGGUGCCUCUCUCUGCAAGCAUAGAGGAUUGUGGGGAGGUUUCAGUCAGAGGUGUUGCUACACAGAGGCAGACGGGGGGUGAGAACGAUACUUUUAGCAGGCAGCUCUGUGCAGAGCAGCAAGAGGAAACGGAUAGAGAGCCGGGUGUGGCCUGCACUGAGAUAGAGAGCGUCGUGGAGGGGCUUGUCACAGAGACCCAGACGGCUGUGGAGAGUGAGGUUGAGGCGCAGGCGGCCGGCACGAAUCCUUCUGCCAUUGGUGCCAUCACCGCUGAGGCAGACAUGGGCCACACACAGUCUCAGGGACACCCCAGAACGUGCGAUGGAGAACAACAGAUGGGGAAAGACAACUCCUGUGAAGGACAGAUCAGUGAGAGGGAGAUGGAAGGAAAUGUGGAUUGUGAUGACUUGGGAGACGUGUCUGAAGUUGAAGAGGGACAGAACAAGAACCACGAGGCGGUGAAUUCUUGCCCUCCUAGUUUGGAGAAUGACAAGGGAGACACUGGCAAGGUGGACGCUGAAGGGAUUGACGUAGAGGGUCCCUGUUCACUGCCUGCAGGCCAGAUGCUCCAUGGGCCAGAAGUUAAAUGUGAGGCAGCUGAGCAAAAUAAGGAGACAACUGCAUUUCAUUUUCCCGACAAGAAUGAGUGCAGUUACGCUGAAGUGAAGAACAAUCAGAUUGAAGAAACUGAACAAAUGUCUGAAUAUGGUACCGUCUGCUCCGAACUAUUGACCGAGACAACACACCUUGCCGAUCAAACCGGCAGGAGUACUGCAUCAAGCUGCACGGUGGCUCUUCUGCUUGAGGCCGAAUGUGCAGCAGAGUGUGUCGGACAAACAGAGGAUGACAGCUGUUCUGCGAACAUAGGGAAUCACCCACCUCAACUGAUGUCAUCAGGCAGUGAUCUGGUUGUGUGUGAUCUCCGCUUGUCACUAAAGCCCACAGGGCACAUGGCAGAGGAUGCACCAGGGCCUGGGGAGACACCUGACUCUGUGUCAGAGUGUAAGGAAGAACCAUCCAGUGAAGGAGGAGCCACUUCCCUCUUCUCGCUGGAGGCAAGUUCCAGCUUGGAGGCAAUGGAUGACAAAGGAGGGCCCUGCAUAGAAGUUGAUGCUGGAGAUUCAAACUUGCUAGUUGCCGGUGUGGCAUCCACUGGCGGGGACUCCUUCCAGUCUGUUUGCAGUUCCAUGAAUGAGGUCUUUCACUUUCCUGAGGACUGUAAAGCAAUAGAAGUGAGAGAAGAAUCACUGUGCAAACCUGAAGAGGAGGUAAAAAUGGUAGAUGACGUGAGCAAGGCUUUUGAAAUGGAGAAUGCUUGCUUGCUUCUUGAUUGUCAAGUUCCUUUACAAGGUACCAUUGAGCUCCAGAAAGAGGUGGAUUGCAGAGAGGAGUCCCUCAUGGUGCUGGGUACAGAGCUUAAAGAAGAUGUAUCUGUAGGGCCUUGCCCAAACACUUUAGUUAUAACAGACAAUGAUGGAAGCUGUCUAGAAGUGUCUGGGAGCUGCUGUGACUUGACCGAUGGUAACAGGGAGUCUGAAUUUAAGUGGAAGAGUAACGUGGAUGGUCAGGAGGGUGUCCAGGGGUUUCUGCACACAGAGACACAGUCAAAUGCAGAAACAGUGGCAGAUGAUGUUCACUUGGAAGGCCAGCUAGCUGCAGAGGCGAAGUCAGAGGAGCUAGUCAAGGUGCAGGUUGAGCCAACGAAUGGAGACGUCCCUCUGGCCACAUGGGAGAGUACUCCUGAGCUUUCAGAAUCUGAGGUGGUUGCUCAUUCUUGUUUGUCUGUAAACGAUAGUCAGUUGGAGCAAAUGAGUUUCCAGGAAGCGUUAGAAGGUCCCAAGGAGAGAUCUGUUGGCGGUGCAGAGGAAAUGGCAACUUGUGGAUAUAAGGCAGAGGAGUGUACACAGCAGACGAAUAUGGAAAACGAUGCAAAUGAGAUCGCUGCAGAUGGGCACUCAGCUGCGCCAGUGACAUCCCUGCAACCGACUUCUGAGAUGGCCGCUUCUGAGGAGCGUGACUUGGGCGAAGAUCUCUUCACCCUCACAGAGCCACUCUGCAACUUAGGCCGGGGUCUGGAGCUUCCUGACAUACUGCAGAGGGUAGAUGAGGUGUCUGAAGAAGCUCACUGCUCGGACACCUGUGGCGAACCUGUGAGGAAUGAGGACGGGGGUCAGCAACCCAGCCCUUUAAAAGAGGGGGACUCCGUACCAGUGGAAGAUAUGAUGGGCGGUCAAAGGGCACCGAGUUCUUCCCUGGGAACUGACAUAGGUGACUCAAUGGAGAUACACAAGGAGAAGGAAACUUUUUACUCCUACGAUGCAUGUGCAGAACCCGGCGCGCUGGAUAGGCCUCGGAGCUCCGGAUCCCCAGAAUCACCUCGGUGUGAAGCCCGUCAAAGUGUAGACAGCUCCUUGUCUGUCACACGUCAGGACUCCUGCAGUGACACCGAUGGCAUCUUCAGCCCUCACGCCAUCGAGGACAACGUCUUCAAGAAGGGGGAAGAGGCAGUGACGAGGACCAGGCGACGUCAGGUGUGGUUGUCCUGCUCCUCCACUGGGGCAGCAGGCGGCACGACAGGCGGCUCGGAGGCGGUGCGGGGCGGAGAGGCUGAGGAGGAGGAGAAGGACCGCUUGACCGAGGUGCCCUUGCGCGCUGCCAUCCUUCGCUCAUCUAUUCGCUCGCUGUCCCCCUUCCGCCGCCACAGCUGGGGACCGGGGAAGAACGCCGGAGGAGAGGCCGAGAUGAAUCAGCGCAGUUCAUUGCGGAGUCUGGGCGAAGGAAAGCCAACAUUUCAUAGGAGAAGUUUGAGCUGGUGCCCCACGGGAGCCUCCCUCAGUCCCAACCCGGACGAGAUUAGUAGCAGAAGCUAUAGUCUGGAGGGCCUGAUCCCUGCCCGGGAUGGAGGAAAGGACUUUCCGCAGCGGAGCACCUCGUCACAGGAACCACGGCGCUCAUCCAGGCUGGACAGCGAGGAGAGAGGCUCGCUGGUCUCACUUACCGAAGAGGAGCAGGAAUCAGACCUGGCGGACUGCAGUAGUCUGGACAGUCAGAAAUCUGGUCGACUCCACCUGUUGAGGCGCAGUUCCCCCUCCAUGACUCUGCCUCUCACCAAGUCAGUGUCCAUGCUGGCCAUCAGCCAGAAGGAGCUGGACGGACGGACUCGGCCAAAGAGACGCAUCUCCUUCUCCUUCAACAUCUCUCCGAUCCUCCCCAAAUCUAAAACCUUCUUUUCUAUUGGCUCUUCAUCCAGUGAUGAGGAGGAGUCUUUGAGCUUGAGGUCUUAUUCGAACAAUUCUGGUUCGCUGUCGUACACUAUUUCUGAAGAGGAUCCUGGGACCUUGCGAAGUGACAGCGAAGUGAAAGGCGGGACAAAGGUGAGCCGGACCUUCAGCUACCUCAAGAACAAGAUGUACAAGAAGACCAAGGAAAAGGACAAAGACAGGAGUAGAGAUAAGGAGCGGGAAACCAGGGAGAAGGAGAAAGACAAGCGAACACUGAAUGGACACCUUUUCAGCAUGGUCAACUCCUCCCUCCCAGGCCAGUGUCACCAGUGCACCAAAGUGAUCAACGCAAAGGAAGCCGCUGUCUGCACCAACUGCAAUGCACAUGUUCACAAAGGUUGUAGAGAAAAUCUUCCCAUCUGUGCCAAAGUCAAAAUGAAGCAGCAGAAACCACAAUAUCUUGUACCAGACUCUGCUACAGCAUCUGCUGUCACCAUGAGAAGCAAAUGUUCAGCCACGAUAGCUCGGGAUCGUCCCUGGUCAGCCAUCCCAUCCCCUGAAGAACCGCCACCGGUACCCGUUCCUCGAAGGCACACCAGCGUCAUGCCCUUCUCUGGGACCAAUCUGUCCAAGAGUGUCUCCAUCAGCAACAUUGCUGGCCCAGCCUUCGAUGAGAUGCCGUUGAAGGGGCUGAGAUACUUGUCACAAUCCACGGACUCUCUGCACAAGACUGGCAAGGUCAACGAGUCCACGGAAUCACUGACUGAUGAAGGGACGGAGAUGAUGGACAGCCAACUGAUGGGAGAGUUUGAGGCAGAUGCCAAGGAGCUGGAGGCUGACUCCUGGAGCUUCAUCGUCGAUAAGAAGUACCUUAAGCAACUAAAGAAGGAUGUCAUCAACCGGCAGGAUGUCAUUUAUGAGCUGAUCCAAACGGAGAUGCACCAUGUGCGGACACUGAGGAUCAUGUGGAACGUGUACAGCAAGGGGCUACAAAAAGAGGUGCAGCUUGAUGGCCAAACAGUGGAGCGCAUAUUUCCCAUGUUGGAUGACCUCCUGGACAUCCACACACACUUCUUUGCCAAUAUCCUGGACCGGAAGAGGCAGUCCCAACUGGAGGGGAAAGAUGGAGGGUUCAUCAUCCGCAGAAUAGGAGAUGUCCUUGUUGAACAGUUCUCGAGAUCAAAUGCUGAUCGCAUGAAGAAAGUUUACGGCAAGUUCUGUAGCCGGCACAAUGAAGCACUGAACUUCUAUAAGGAGCUGCACACCAGAGACAAGCGAUUUCAGGCCUUCAUCAAGAGAAAAAUGAGCAGCACGGUUGUCAGAAGACUUGGAAUUCCCGAAUGUAUAUUAUUAGUAACGCAACGGAUAACCAAGUACCCAGUGCUGCUGCAAAGGAUACUGCAGUACACCAAAGAGAACGAAGAGGACCACAAGGAUGUGGCGGAGGCCCUGCAACUGGUGAAGGAGGUCAUUGCUUCUGUGGAUGGCAAGGUCAAUGAGCAGGAGAAGAAAAAGAGGUUGAAAGAGGUUUAUAGCCGGACAGACAGCAAGUCCAUCAUGCGCAUGAAGAGUGGGCAGAUGUUUGCACGGGAGGACCUGGUGCGUGGCCGGAGGCUUCUCCAUGACGGAUCAUUGCAGCUCAAGAGUGCUGCAGGGAGGCUGAAGGACGUCCAGGCCGUUCUGCUCUCUGAUGUCUUUGUGUUCCUUCAAGAAAAAGACCAGAAAUAUGUGUUUGCUUCACUGGACCAGCGCUCCACUGUUAUCUCCCUGCAGAAGCUCAUUGUGCGAGAAGUGGCCAAUGAGGAGAAAGGCCUCUUCCUCAUCACAGCAGGCAUUGAGAAACCAGAGAUGGUAGAGGUACACGCCAGCUCCAAGGAGGAGCGUAAUACAUGGAUGCAGCUCAUCCAGAAUGCCAUGCACUCCAUGGAGAAGGAUGAGGAUGAAGGCAUUCCCAGUGAGACGGAAGAAGACAGGAGGCUGCUUGAGACGAAAGCAAAGGAGAUGAGAGACCAGUUGAGGAAGAAGGACGAGCAGAUUGUGGCGCUGCUGGAAGAGAAGGUGAAGCUGUUCAGCGACAUGUGCGAGUGCUCGGCACCCGAGGACAACAGAGUUCCCAGAAGCAGGAUGUUGUUCCGGGCCAGCACCGAUGACAUGCUCAAGGGGGAGCCGGUCUUGAAGGACGCAUUGAAGGAAGUGGAGACAUUACAGGCGCUGGUGAACGGGAGCCUGGGUGGGGCUGUGGGCCAGCAGGUUUCCGGUGCGCUGGCAUCACCAGGAGGACCCAUCUCCCUUCCUCGCAGGGCAGAAACCUUUGGUGGCUUUGACAGCCACCAGAUGAACAUCUCUAAAAAUGGGGAGAAGGAUGAGGGAGAGGAGUCGGCAGACCUUCGAAGGACUGAAUCGGACAGCGUUCUAAAGAAGGGUGGAGGUGCCAACCUGCUGCUGCUGCUCAAGAGAAACAGCGAGCAGCUCCUAAACAGCGUCAGUCACCUUCACGAGCUGUUGAACACGUUGCAGGCAGUGGUGGUGCAGCAGGAUACUUUCAUCGAGGACCAGCGGCAGGCGCUCAACGAGCGACCGUCCUCCCGUCCCUCCUCACGACCUAGUUCGCGACCCAGCUCCCUCGUCGAGCAGGAGAAGCAGCGCAGCCUGGAGAAGCAGCGGCAGGAGGCGGCUGAGCUGCAGCGGCAACAGAUGGCACAUGCCGAGGAGCGCCGGCGAUGGGAGCGCGAGUGGGAGGUGCGCGAGCAGGAGCUGGUGGACCGGGAAGCACUGCUGCAGAUGAAGGAGGAGGAGGCUCAGCGCCGGCACGCAGAACUGGAGGAGAAGUGCCGCGAGCUGCGGGAGCGCAAGGAGGAGUACCAGAAGGACCUAGAGAGGCUAAGGGAUGCGCAGAGAAGGUUGGACAGGGACAAGGAUCACCUCAACAGAGAGCUGCAGAGAAUGGAGCAGAUGAGGCAUGCGGAUGAUAAAGCGAUGCACAGGACACCGUCCAGUACCUCUGAGGAAUCAUUGAGGUUCCAGAGCUCCGUCUCCUUGGACAAUGACCCCGGAGAAAGCAUUUUGUGUUCUUCCCCCAAGGACUCGCUCUUUAGAACAGACUCAAAGUGGAAAGGGAAGAACUUGAACCCAUUCGCUCUGAACCCAAGUCAAAAGGCCCAGAACAACGAAGGGGCGAAUCAGAUCCCUGGCCGGCUGCUCCAGCUGGCCAAGACAAAGGACAAAAAGGAAAAGAAGAAGAAGAAGAAGGGCAAAGGGCAGAACUCACAAUCGGCAGGGUCUCGGUGGUCCUCACCCUAUCCCGAAAGCAUAGGGAGUAAGCCAGUUCAUCGCGGGGCAACGAAACACACUCAUUCACUCACACCUACGCACGAGCAAUUAAUAUUCACCAGUUCACCUGAAAGAUGUCUUCGGACUGUGGGAGGAAAUCCACACAAGCAAUCUGAGAACAUGUAAACUCCACGCAGGCAGCGCUAGAUUCAAGCCCGGUUUGGAACGCAAAGCCCGGGAGCUGUGAGUCACCGGCUCCGGACACUUUCCGUACUGUUUGUUACUGUUUGGUUGUCAUGUGAUUAAGCAUAAAACCAAAGUUGCAACAACAAAAAAUAUCACUUUAAACCUGUUGGUGCACUCUUCACGAAUUAACGUAUCUGAAAGCCAUAAAUCUGUAUAAACAGAUGCAGAACAUUUUGUCCUUUUAUGGCAGCACAGGCAUCAAUCUGAAAAAUGGUGUAAGCUAUGAUUAAUACUUCUCUAAAUAUAUUUUCGCGUGGAAUCGGCUUUUUUAAGUCGACUUUCACGUUUUUACUUUAUUUGGGUAUGUGUGAAUCUUUGGAAUAAAAAUGAGUGUCUGUUCGUAUUUGUCACAGCAUACAGAAUAGUAACUGAAAACACCCCUGGUACCUCAGACUGAAUGUUUUUAGAUGCGAGGCUAAAUAAAGUUACUUGGUUCGUUACACCUUUUUUUUUGUUUUGCUGAGCCAAGCUUAGUUACACAGAACAUGCCAUGGGAAUAUUGUGAUCCAGACCCUUAACCGGUGUUUGCUUUCUCGCGUCAACAGUUGAUUAAAAGUCAGUUGUUCUCCUCCACAGAGUCGCCGCAGCUUCCAGGAUCAGACCCUCCAGUAGAUGGAGAGAUUUUCUUUUGCUGACCCAACUCUGGCCUCCGCGGUCCCGUGAGGCUUCACUCUACAGACAGCUGUGCUGGAGGAAUGGAAGGCCAGGCAGGUGUCGCCAGCUGUCAUCUUACGUGGCUCUGAAUUCUGGGGGAGGCGGGAGAUGCGUGUGAAGCAUCCCUCUGUGGCCCAUUUAGGGAAGGGCUCCUGCCUCCGUGCUUACUGCGUCUCUGUGCGUGCGCGUCCGUGUCCGUGCAAAUGAACCGCAGAGGGAUACGUAGCAGCGGUGCGGCACUGCUGCUGUGCAGACACUUCAGCGGACAUCGAAGGGCUUAAUUGUUGCAGCUCGCCUUGUGUGCUCCGAAAUGUGUUGUGGUUGUGUCAGGCCAGGCAGGAGGUUAUGGCGAAGGUCAAAAAUGCAGACUUGCAUUAGGAACUGUGGAAAUAAGCUGUUUUCAUCGAGAACCUAGAACCCAUACCAAGAUAGGGCCUGUUUUUACGUCAUAUUGUUUUAGACGCAAGUGUACUAACUGUGUAGAAUAUUAAAAGGCAUAUACAUCAUACUUAAACUGCUGGAUUGGCCUUUCAGAAGGUUCACCCUGCUCUUUUGUUUUUUCCGCGUAACUUGUGUUUUUCCACACCCUCUAAUAUUUGCUUCUCUCACCUUCCGAGCCGAUUCUGCAAACUCUCGCUCAUUUGUUUUCACUAUGCGCACGGAAAGGAAACGCAGCAGUCGGAGGCAACGAUUUUUCUAGCUGCCAGAGCUGAUCCUCGUGUGUUUUUGUGAAGUAGGAGCACAGCAGAGUGCAAGUAGAAAGUGCACUUUAGGGACGCCAAGAAGGACAGGAACGGGAUGCGGAGAGAUUGACUAAGAGGAGGGACGCUGGCUGGCAGGCGGACAGCCGGACGAGAGAGAGAGAGAGAUUCGUGAAACACACAUGGUCAGUUCUUGGAGAAAGAGACUUGCAUUUCGUCUGUGUAGGGUACCAGUGCUUCUGAGAUGGGCAUUCAUUCUUUUUCAAGGCUACUGUGGUCCUCCAUCCGUUUUCCUCUGAACUGUCAGUUCUUCCCUCAAAUUCUCCUGGUAGAUGUAGGAUGUCUGAUCGCCGAAUUUAUAUAGUGGCAGAAUUUUCUUCAAAAUUCAUCCGUUGGAGAUCAGACUUUGGGAACAGUUUUUUUUUUUUUCCCGUAGGACAAAGACAUUCCCCAACCUGCUGUUUAAUUUACGAUAUAAUCAUGUCAACACAAAUAUAUAGCGUGACGCUACAGUGCAUUUUUAAAGAAUACUUCAUGCGGUGGCAUUUCCUGCCUUGAAAUAACAGACAAUCAUUGUUCAGUUUGAUUCAAUAUUCAUUAGUCAGACAGGUUCUCUUGUGAAUCACAUUGGUUGCGCGCUGUCUUUCGAAAGUGUCGACUGGUCGCAGUGAUUCGUAUCAGACUGUCCGGCUCACUCAAAUGGUUAUGAUAACCUUCAAUACCUUUUCAACACACUGCAGUGUGGACACGUACCAGAAGGAGGAGCCAAGACGCUGGCAGAAAUGUAACUGUGCAAAUAACCAAGUUCUCUCCAUUUAUGGCCUGGAUUUAUUCAGAUCACUGUUUCAUUCAUCUUAUAUUUGAAAAGAUAAAAUACUUUUUUUUUUUUUUUCUAAUCGCUACAUCUUUACCACAUUCCAUAUCAAUCAGUCCAUCCGCACAUCCAUCCAUCCGUUGGUACGAAUUGGUAUCGUCCGUUGCAUUUUUUUCGGAAGGAAAUUAACUUACGCUCCUGCAGGUCAGGUGUAUAAUCAGACAAAUGGUAUUGCGUUUUAAUGCUCUAAAACUUGUAAAAGUUGCCUGCUUUUCUUUAAGUGCUUACUGGAUUGAUCACAGGGACAGCAACAAAGCAAGUUACAUACCAAUGUUUUUCUAAGAAUGUUACCCACUCUUGAUGUAAUUUCUUCUUCGGUAUGGUUUUUUUUUUUUACCUUAAUGAUCCAUUUGUUCUUUUAAUGAAGCCAGAAGCAUAAUUUCUGUACCCACCUUCAGGGUUUGUGUGCGGAUUUGAAAUACGGAGCGAGGAGGUACAGUAUUCUUUGGGUUGGUUCUGGUCAUUUUGCUCUCCCUAGUUGCCAGCAGCAGGUGGCGCCUCUGCAAUUCCCACAUUUUAUAUAUACUGCAAUUUUUCAAUAGAAAAAUUAAAGGGAAUAGUUUUUCGCUCUAGGUGGCCUUCAUUUUGGUGCAUUUUUUUGUAAAUCAUCCUACCACCAGAAUGUCUGUAUGCAAUUUUGGCUCUUGUAUUACGAGUAGGACUGAAUCAUGGGGAGAAUAUCAUAAUUGCAGUUGAAUUGUUAUGAUAAUUCAGUAAAUCUUUCUUGCCUUAGUUGACUUUUCCCUCGUCUAAGGUUCCUGAUCAGGGGCCGUUGGUAAAAUACAGUAUGCCUGACAAAGAACCUUCUAGUUUUUUUUUUUUUAAGAGAACAGUUGAAGUGAGUGUUGUAGUAUUUUAUUACACAGAUGUGUAUGUUGCAUACACAUGGGCCUUGGAUAGCCUUAUAAUAAUGAUUAAAUGCACUAGAAAAUAACCUAGCUUAUUCUCAGGAAGGCCCGAUAUAGGUUUUGUACACCUGCUUUAAAAGUAUUAAAAAAAAAAGAAAAAAAAAAGAAAACGGUUGUACUAAAAGUAGUUUUUUUUUUUUUUGCUGAAUUCUGUGUAAAAGAUGGCAAACAACAUUUA